AUCCGCGCACUCACACAGCUACUCCCUCGCUUUCUCUCUGCUCUCAGUCUCUCACAAUGGCUUUGACGGGUUCCAUAUCGGGCACCGGCAGCAGAAUCUCUGGACUCCUUGGCCUUCAGCGAUCGACACCAGCUGCCUCUAUUGCCGUCUUGGCAGCUCCCCGGCCCGCUGGUAACGUUAGCGACGGCGGAAACCUCAUUUCUGGAAGGCAGCUCUGCCCAUCCCUCUUUCAAGGGAUAAAUCCAUCUCUUAUUCCGACGGCCGCAGGAAAACGCAAGAUUCUCCGUCCAAUCGCCGCCGCUGCCUCUUCGUCUCAGGCCGAAGGGAGCGAUUACGCAGGGGAAGUGUCGGUUCCCUUCACCGUGAAGUACCAGGCUCUCAUCACGGGUUCUUUCUUUUUCUUGUGGUAUUUUCUAAAUGUGAUCUUUAACAUUCUGAACAAGAAGAUCUACAACUACUUCCCCUAUCCAUACUUUGUUUCUGUCAUACAUCUCUUCGUGGGUGUCGUGUAUUGUCUCGUGAGCUGGUUGGUUGGCCUUCCUAAACGCGCUCCCAUUGACUCCAAGAUUUUGAAGUUGCUUAUCCCAGUUGGGAUUUGCCAUGCCCUUGGUCAUGUUACUAGCAAUGUUUCAUUUGCUGCUGUUGCAGUGUCCUUCACCCACACAAUCAAAGCUUUGGAACCUUUCUUCAAUGCGGCAGCUUCACAAUUCAUUCUUGGCCAGCAGAUUCCCUUUGCAUUAUGGUUGUCUCUUGCACCAGUUGUAGUUGGUGUCUCCAUGGCCUCUUUAACUGAGUUAUCAUUCAACUGGCUUGGCUUUAUUAGUGCUAUGAUUUCCAAUAUCUCCUUCACGUAUAGAAGCAUUUAUUCGAAGAAAGCAAUGACUGAUAUGGACAGCACAAAUUUGUAUGCUUACAUUUCAAUUAUUGCACUGAUCGUUUGCAUUCCUCCUGCAAUAAUUAUUGAAGGACCUCAGUUGCUGCAGAAUGGCUUCAAUGAUGUAAUAGCGAAAGUAGGUUUAACAAAGUUCAUCACAGAUCUGUUUUGGGUGGGCAUGUUUUAUCACCUGUAUAAUCAGGUUGCAACAAACACUUUGGAAAGAGUAGCUCCACUCACGCAUGCAGUUGGAAAUGUAUUGAAGCGUGUGUUUGUUAUUGGCUUCUCAAUCGUUGUAUUUGGAAACAAGAUCUCAACUCAAACUGGCAUUGGAACUUGCAUUGCGAUUGCUGGAGUCGCCAUUUACUCCUACAUUAAGGCUAAAAUGGAAGAGGAGAAAAGGGACAUUCUAAAUACUACACUAGUGGAACGUGGCAUCAUUGAAAUGUUGUAUCAAAAACAAAUACAGCUUGAUUGGGGGUGAUGGAAAGAAUCAAUAUUUCAUUGCCAGGAGAAAACUAGAGUUUUCGCACGGAUGUAAACCACUUGCAUGUUUACUCAUCCUUACUAUUUAUUUUCUAUUUUCUUGUGUCUUAUUUUUUUGUUUCUCUGUUUGACUUGCAACUGUUACCAAUUUGCUCACUAGCGAAUAACUUGUUGCAUAAACUCAUCUUCCAAGACAGCCAACCGUGUAUGAGGAUGGUAUCAGAUGGCUCCUAGCCUUAGUUCUUAUUAUAAUAAUCUAAUAGUGUGUUAGUAUUUU